AUGCACCUGCUGGUUUCUUGGCAGCUGGUGCUCUUCCUCUGUGCCAUCUCCUUCAGGGACACCUUGGAAAAGGUGGCGCCCGCCGAGCAUCCUAGAGCCACAGGCCAGCAGCUCGGCCCCCUGGCGCUGGGGGUCGCCGGAGAGCAGAGCCGGCGGUGCGCGGCCUCCGAGAGCGCAGAGGGGGCCAGGCCAGCCCUGUGCCAGCCGAGCAGCCGCCGGGUUCCUCCCGCGCCGGGCGAGGCGCUGGUGCGGCGGGAGCAGGGCCUGUCUGCCUUCAACUGGAACUCCUUCGGCCUGCGCUACGGCCGGCGGCAGGCAGGCGGGCCGCGCCCCCGGGAGGCGCCCAGGGGCCGGGGACGUCCAACCGCGGACUGA